AUGGGCCCUAGUGUUUUUACAUCAUAUAAGGGACUGUGAUAUUCUGUGAUAAGUAGUUGUCAGGAAUUAAGUUUUCUGUGACAAACGGGUUUCGUUAAUAGAAUAAAAUGCCGAAAAAGAAGACCGGUCAACGAAGGAAAGCCGAGAAGCAAAAACUGCGGCAGAAAGAGAUUAGAACUGCUAAGGAACAAAUAGAUUUAGCAAAGUUUCCUUGUAAUUCAGUAAUGGAAUGUGAUAAAUGUGGCAAGAAGCAAAAGAGCCGUGCCUUUUGUUACUUUUGUCAGAAUUUGCAAAGGUUACCUAUGUGUGCACACUGUGGUAAAAUUAAAUGUAUGUUGAAAACAGGAGAUUGUGUAGUACGACAUCCUGGUAUCUUUACCACAGGUCUAUCAAUGGUGGGAGCUAUAUGUGAUCAUUGUGAAGCCUGGGUUUGUCAUGGAAGACGUUGCCUUACAACUCAUGCUUGUAUCUGCCCAUUAAUAGAUGCUGUUUGUCAAGAAUGUGAAAGAGGAGUUUGGGAUCAUGGUGGAAGGAUAUUUCGUUGCUCAUUCUGUAAUUGCUUCUUAUGUGAAGAUGAUCAAUUUGAACAUCAAGCAUCCUGUCAAGUAUUAGAGGCUGAAAGUUUUAAAUGUCAAUCGUGCAACCGUUUGGGACAAUAUUCUUGUCUCAGAUGUAAAACAUGCUAUUGUGAAGAUCAUGUUCGUAGAAAAGGUUUUAAAUAUGAAAAGAAUAAACCUAUUCCUUGUCCAAAGUGUAGUUUUGAGACAUCACAGACUAAAGAUCUUAGUAUGUCAACAAGAAGUCAUAAGUUUGGUAGACAAAAUCAAGGUAGUUCAUUUGAGUCUGAUGAUGAAAAUGGAUAUAAUUCUCAUGGAAAUCAAGAUUUUUGUUAUGGAACCAGUAGUUAUACUAAUGAAGAUGAUGAAGAUAAUGAAGAUGAUGAUUAUGAUGAUGAUGAUGAUGAUGAUGAUGAUGAAGAUGAAGAUGAAGAAGAGGAAAAUGAAAAUAGAGAAAAUGAUUAUGAUGAGUCAUUUAAUAUGGAUAAAGGCAAGAAGGAUAUUAAAAUACAACAAACUUCGUCUAAUGAUAAGAAUAAAGUUUAACAUAUAUUUAAAAAUGUAAGAUAGCAAUAAUUGAAAAUAAAAUAUUACACUAUAGAAUUUAGAACCAUGGAAUAUUU